AUGCACUUCGCCGUUCCUAUGGCCGGAGCUGUUCUCAACACUAUCAAUACCCGUCUCGACGAAAAAUCCAUAGCAGGAAUCCUCUGCCACGCACAGCCCAAGAUGUUAUUCAUAGACCGAAAUCUUGAACAUUUGGCUCGAGAAAGUCUCCAACUACUACCACAUGAAGACUUUAAACAGAACAUGAAGGUCAUUUUCAUUGACGAGAGCAAGACUUCGUCCAUCCAAGGAGUUAGACUACGAGAGUCUCAUCCGUAA